GGACGCAUUCUGUUAGACAACAUCAUCGACUGGUGCACUGCAAAUAUUCGGUAUACUGUCAAGAUAUUAUCUGCUCAUUAUCUGUACUGCAUCUACCAGAAUCAGGAUCAACUCUAACUACGUCUCAAGAUAUAUAACCGCAGUAGCUACUACGCCGCAGUACUAGUUAACCGGCAUCGAUAUAACUCGGUGCAAACUCACCCUUUCUCUUUCUAAAGAUCAAGCAGAAAACAUGUCAUUUGAGAGAGCAGCUCUGUAUCCGUGCAACCCAGCUACCACGCGUGGUUCCUCGACGAAGCUUAGUGCAAGCAAAGACAAGGUCGUCUACACUAAUGGGAAGGCCGUGAUCAUACGUGAUUUAAACGAUUCUGCACUGUCUGUGGUGUAUUCAGGACACGUGCAGAACACUACCGUAGCUCGCAUCUCACCUUCUGGUUAUUACUGUGCCUCUGCAGACAUAACGGGAACUGUAAAGAUAUGGGACACCGUCGGUGAAGAUCAGACACUCAAAGGAGAAUAUAAGGUCAUAUCUGGACGCGUGAAUGACUUGGAAUGGGAUGGCGAAAGUAAGAGGAUCAUAGCUGUGGGAGACGGAAAAGAAAGGUUUGGACAUGCUUUCCUUAUGGAUACCGGUACAACCUCUGGAGAAAUCUCAGGUCAUUCCAAAGCUAUCAACGCGGUUUCCAUAAGGCAUCAACGGCCUUUCAGAGCUGCCACAGCAGCUGAUGACUCUCUGAUCGUAUUUCAUCAAGGGGCCCCAUACAAGUAUGACAAGACUAUCAAAACACAUACCAAGUAUGUACAAGACGUGCGGUAUGCACCGUCUGGAGACCAUUUUGCAAGUGUGGGAUCAGACUUCAAAAUCUUCCUUUAUGAUGGCAAGACGGGUGAUACAGUCGCAGAGAUUACUGGUGACGGACACAAAGGAAGUAUUAUGGCCUGUUCGUGGAGCCCAGACAGCAAAUCAAUCCUCACAUCCUCCGCUGACCGCACUGUCAAACUUUGGGAUGUUGAAACACGCAAAGCCAUUACAACCUGGAACCUCGGCACUGAAAUAGGUCAUCAACAAAUGGGAAAUACCUGGAGUGGUGCAGAAAAUCUUGUUUCACUUUCCAUGUCUGGCGAUUUGAAUAUAUUCGAUCGCAGGGUUGGGGACAAACCUUCAAGGAUCCUUGAGGGCCCUCAAAAAGCAAUCACGGCAGCAGCUACGGUGUCUGCUAGCACUUUCCUCGCUGGUACAGCCGAUGGGCGUAUUAUCUCUUAUGAGGCGGCCUCAGGCGAUACGAAAUUAAUUUCUGGUCAGACUCAUACAAGUCUUGUAUCAGGAAUGGUAGCAGAAGGUGGAAAAGUAUUUACCACUGGAUUUGAUGACUGCGUUCGCGAGAUCGAAGGCGGGAAGUUCACCCCAGCAUCCUCUGCUACAUUAGCACAACCCAAGACGUUGGCUAUUGCGCACGACAGGACAAUUUUCGUCGCGGAGACGAACACGGUAGAAGCAGUGCGGGAUAACCAGCGCAUAUUUGAUUUGAAACCUGCGUAUGUCCCGAGUUCUGUUGCUGCCGGAGGCUCGAUUGUAGCUGUUGGUGGUGAAGAUCACAAAGUGCAUGUAUACGACUGGGAUGGCAAAGCUUUAAAAGAAGCUGCUGUACUUGAUGGCAACAAGGGCACGAUUCAUGCUGUAGCGGUUUCCGCUGACGGGAGUUUGCUGGCCGCCGGUGACUCUUCUGGCAAGAUAGUAUUGUAUGACGUCAAGGACCGCACGCCCAUAACUUCUCGCUGGAGUUUUCACACUGCGCGGAUCACCUCUCUGGCGUUCCUCCCUUCCCCAUCAGGCACUCAACCAACACACCUUGCGUCUAGUUCGCUCGACACGAAUGUGUAUGUCUGGAGCGUGGCGAAGCCGAUGAAGUACACCACAAUUAGAGGUGCUGGUCCUGGUGGUGUAAAUGUUGUGACAUGGCUUGGGGAGGCUCAAGGGGGUAAAGGGAAGUUGGUCAGCGCAGGUGCAGAUUGUUGUGUCCGGAUCUGGGAAGUCACAUUACAGUAACUGAGUGAAGAUGUUCAUGAUGAAUAGAGUGCUCGGUGCCAAUGGAGUACUAUGGCCUAUAGGAUGCAUCCCUCAGAUUGGUUUUAGGGUGCAGCGUAAUCGGAAGAAAUGAAUGUAGCCAUGGUGUAUAUUUCAAUCAGACGGUUACAGUUGGGACGCUAAUGCUAAUAAUAGUCCUCCAGGAACUGCACAUCACC